UAAGAAUAUUUUUGUUUUUGUUGCUUUAAAACUGGCAUUUAUAUCUACAGUGGGAAAGGAUCCUCUUCCAUGGUGUUAAAACAUCAUGUUUCUACCUUUUGAGUGUGUCACCACUGUUGUUUCUCCUUCACACUAGGAAGACGAGGGCGAAGUGAGAACAUUGCAAUGCAGCAAUUACACCACAAGAUUCAACUAAAUAAAUUUAGUGGCAUCUAGCAAUGAAGCACAAUAAACUAGAGCCAGUUGGUUAGUUCAGUCAGGUUUGUACUUGGGCUACUGUAGAAACAUGGCAGAUUAUUCUUAUCGUCCUAUUCUUAUGCUUAUUGCGAGUUAGUAAAAACACAACAAUCUUAUGUGUGGUUACACUAAUGAAAAAGUUAGGCAUAUUAUAUUCCAUUACCACCAUAUUCUGUAAAUAUAGGCCCCCUAAAUCAGACACACUGGACCUUUAACAUUGAGGUUGGAGGUCAGGACCCUGUAGUGUAAUAACAAUUGCAUUAACUAAUAAUGAUCAAAUUAAUUCAUUACAUGGGUUUAAAAUGUUAACAGACAUGCUUUCAACAGUUUCUGUUUGAUUUGUACAGUAACACUCCUAUGUGUGUCUAUAAGAGUUAUUUAUUUAUUCAAAUGUGGCACCAUGUUGGCAUACUGUAAAAUGUGUGUGUUAUCUGCUGGUGGAGUUCAUGUCCAAUCUGUCCUAAUGGUGAUGAAAUGUGAUCAUCAUGUUUUUAUUUUUUAUUUCAUAUUUGCUCACAUAAUGACUGACUUUGACUUUUAUUUUGAAUUAGUGGAUCUUGUGCUUCCUUCUGCCGACCCGAACCUGUCGAGGAAGACGAACCCUGGUCGUGGUCUGCGGACGAAAGGACUUCGCCAUGAAGUGAAUAAACAGAAAAACAAACAUGAACACUGUGGAGAGGAAACUCGCAGAUUUGAUCCGGGCACAUCCGAACUUGUACGACCAGACCCGGCGGGACUACAAAGACAACCUGAAGGGUCAUUUGUCCUGGAAAGAAAUCGCAGACAGCAUGGGAAAGCCGGAGGAGGAGGUGAAGCUGAAAUGGAAAAACCUCCGCGACAAGUUCUGCAAGGCGAAGAAGCGAAUGGCCAAGAGAAACUUCACCCCGCUGACGGACGACGACAACCCGCUGGAGAGGCCCGUCCCGGUGCUGUACAACCAGCUGGCCUGGCUCAGCGCCUAUGUCAAGCCCAGACCAGGAUCCGGCCUGGGGGAGACAGACGAGGGAGCUGGAAGUGGUGAUGACCUGGAGAAACAGCAGGAUAAAGACGAGAAGCACGGUCCACUUCCUGUCGUUAGUACUAGCUUUUCUCUUGUGGAGUCCUCUCCAAACAACCAUCAGGAGAUGGGAGUGUCUCUGAAACGUAAAAGGCAAACCACCACAGAAACUGAGAUAAGUUCUGCAGACGCCCUCACCAACCUCAGAGAUGAAGAUGAACUGUUUCUGCUCAGCCUUCUGCCCUCACUGAAGAGGCUUACCAUUAAAAAGAGGAUGGAGGUGCGGAUGAAGUUUCAGCAAGUGCUUUAUGCUGCAGAGUUUGAGGACUAAAGGGCUCAUCAAAAGGCAAUAAAAAAAAUCGAUGGUCAAUGGUAGGGCUUGUUAUUGUAUAAGUACAAUUGUUCAAGCUUUCAAAUUGUAAAUAUAUUUUUUUUAACAAAUUAUAACUUUAUUUAUUUUUGACCACCAUGACCAUUAAAAAUAUCAAUACGUUGAUCUUUAAAGUUCUGUAUUAUCAAAGUUGUUCAUGUAUCAAGAGCUUUAUGAAAACAGAGAAAAGUGUUUCUCAUUUUGAAUGUAGCCAUCCUUGUGUGACUAGCUGUAAAAUCAACAUAAUUGUUAGUUAGUAAUAAUCUAAUGCAAUCAAAUACAACAGCCCCAUAAUAACGUCUUCCUUUUUUAGACCUUAUACGGUCUAAUUGUCUCAUUUGAGACUUAAUGUUGUGAUGUUGUUGUUUUACUAGGGCUGGAACUAAAUUAUUUUCAUUAUCAAUCCAUCUAUCAAUCAUUUUAUAGAUUCAUUGAUUAGGUGUUUGAUCCAUGUCAGAAAAUGGUGAAACAUGUUAAAUACUGUUUCCUAAAGCUGAAGUUAACAUCCUUAAAUGUUUGAAACGUCUCAAAACGAUUCCUUAAUAUUCAGAAUAAUUGCCGAUUAAUUUAAUUGUUUACAACUAAUCGAUUAAUUGACUCAUGGUUGCAGCUCUAUAUUAAACUGCAUUAAAUAAAUACAUUUAAUAUUUUGUCUACACCCAUUUAUGUAAUUGGGGCAUGGGCUGAGCUGUAUGUAACCUGGUAACUUAGCUUGAAGAAGUGUUUGAGCCUUUGGUUGAUUAACUUUUCAAUACAAAAGUUAUAUUUUAUAUAGAGAUGUAGAGCUCACAAAUACUAAAACUGCUUAGCAGUUAAACUCUUUAAACUCUUUGUCUAGCACUGAUCAUGGUGUUGUUGUUACCAGAUAAACCCUGAAGAUGGAGCUGAAGUUUAACAGAAUUACUGAAAAUAUAAAUACUUUUUUUUUUCACUUUGGGGAAGAAUUAUUCUGCUUGUCAACACUGCCAAUGUUUUUGUAGUUUCUCUGACUGUAUAUAUCUCUCCUUUAUCUUUCUGAGAGGAAUCAUUUCUACCAUAUAUUUUUUACAAAUAAAUAUUUUUUUG